AUGCUCGACGAGCGUGGAGGGCGGAGGAGGGGAAGCGACAUGGAUUGGGAAGAGAGGCUCAGCCAACAGGCGCCUGCCUCCCUCACAGCGGCAUCCUUCGUCCUUCUCGUUAUCUCCAUCAUCGCCAUCGUCUACCAUGGGGCCUCUGGCAACUUCUCCCAGAGCACGACCUCCCUCGCGCAGAUGGAGAUGCUUGUUGAUCGCCAGAGCGGCAGGGUUGUCUACAUGCCAAGGGCGCGCAAGUUGAAGCAAGUCAGGGUCCAGGCCUUGGCUGCGGAAAAAGAAGAGGAGGAGGCAGAGGCAGACGCUCCUGCCAUCCGAUACGAGAAUGACUACAAGGUGGGAGGAGGAGACCUGGAGGUACCGGUCUCCAUGGUCGACUACGACAAUCUAGGGGAGGGGAGCAUUGUGGACCAGCGCUAUCCUCGGAAACUUCCAGGACUCGACGAGCUGGAAGCGCAGUGGAAUGGGCUCUUCAGCUGGGGAUCGAGCUCGAGUCAGCAACAGCCGGGAGAAGAGGAGGAAGAGGCGGAGGCUGCCAACGCUCCUGCAGCUGCGACAAGAGUGAUGAACAAGGCAGACCUCAACAACGAGAAUAAGUUGGAGGGUCUGGGGGUCAACACAUGAGACAUGAGAAGUGCAAGAUUUGCCAGCAUUCUUCGCUGAAGGAUCAGCCGAGACGCGGAAAGUGCUGACGACAUCGAGUGUGGGGGUAGGAGCGGAGGAGUGUAGAGGGAGGGCCGAGAAUGGAAAGGGAAAAGAAAAUAGUCGCAAACCAAGUUACAUUAAACGAACAAAUCAUCUU